CAAAGAGGGGCUGGCUCGUACCGGCGGCGCCUGCAGUGACCGGCUGGUGUCCGUGAGCACCCGGGUGUCGAAAACGUGGACACGAGAAGUCGUAAGAGUCAAAGCGGUGCUUUCCCUGGAAAAGCUCGACGUGUUAGGGCAUUGGUGAUUUGCCCGUAUCUCGUUGUCCGAAAGAAAUAUCGUAUCUGUCUCGUCGGCUCACGCGGUUUUCCAUGUCAACGACACGCGCGCUUCUGCCAAGGCCAGCGUGCUACGCCCCGCACAAAGCAGCCUCCACCGUCACCGUCGCCGUCGCCGUCUCCGCCGUUAAACGACCGCUCCACGUACUCGUGCCCGUCGUCGACGGUCUGUUGUUGUCUGUGUCGCAUCGCUGGUCAGACUUCUGUUCGUCGUUUUUGUGGUCAUCGCCUCGACUCGGGUUAGACUCGAGGAAGGCCGGCGAGCAUCCAAGUUCGUCCAGGGCUAUUACCAGGGUGAAGAGAAGGAGAUACGGCAGCGUCGCUCACGCCAACCUGAGAUGAGCGACCAUGGCUGCAUACACUUGAAUAAUUUCAAAGCAGCCAAGGGUAUCCAGCCGUACAAAGUGAUACACUCUUAUUUCGUGACCAGCACGUCGACCGAGGCACGCGUAAGAAAGGCUGUUAGCUGUUUAUGUCACACAUGUAAAUCAUACAAAGACCGCCUUCAUUCUUGUCUUCACUGUAUAUUCUUUGGCUGCUAUGCAAAAGGUCAUAUACAGGAACAUGCAAAGACAAAAAAGCAUUUUUUAGCUGUUGACCUUUGUUAUGGAAAUAUUUUGUGCUUCCAAUGUGGGGAUUAUGUAUACGAUAGGGAAUUAUUGGCAGUUGCUAAGGCACAGUGGAGUGAAUCUGCAAAAUCAUUGAGCUUUGGAGAAUUCUAUAGAGCAUGGGAACCGACACAAAUAGAGGCAGAAUUAUUGAGAAAACAUCCGCGCAGACGGCGUGUGGUCGAAAAUUCCACCAUAGGUCUAAGAGGACUCAUAAAUCUUGGAAGUACAUGUUUCAUGAACUGUAUUGUACAGGCGCUCAUACACACGCCGCUAUUACGAGAUUAUUUUCUUGCUGACCGUCAUCACUGCCCACAGCCGACACGCUGCCUGGUCUGUGAAGUGUCCCAUCUUUUUCAGGAAUUUUACUCCGGUAGCAAAGCACCACUGACGCUUCAUAAGCUUCUCCAUUUGAUCUGGACACACGCCAGACAUUUAGCAGGUUACGAACAGCAGGAUGCCCAUGAAUUCUUUAUAGCUACACUCGACGUUUUGCAUAGGCAUUGCGAAGCGGCGCCAAUCUUAGUGAAGGAUAAUCCACAUCACUGUAACUGUAUCAUCGAUCAAAUCUUUACCGGCGGGCUUCAAAGUGAUGUAGUUUGUCAGGCGUGCAACGGAGUGUCCACUACGAUAGACCCGUUCUGGGAUAUAUCUUUGGAUUUGGGUCCAGCGGCUAGCGCAUCGGGUUCCGAUAGUUCUGGUCCUCCUACCUCAUUAUUAGAUUGCCUAGAAAGGUUCACACGUGCAGAGCAUUUGGGAUCUAGCGCAAAAAUAAAGUGUAGUAAUUGUCAAACGUAUCAAGAGAGCACGAAGCAAUUGACGAUGAAGCAACUCCCUAUUGUGGCCAGUUUUCACUUAAAACGAUUCGAGCACUCUAGCAUUCAGGACAAGAAGAUUUCCACGUUCAUCUCGUUUCCAGAACAAUUGGACAUGACUCCUUUCAUGUCGCACAGACGAAACGGUAACAACAAUAGUGCAAUGAUGGAUGGACUGCCAAAGAAUGGGGAAGACAUGACAUUCAGCGACAAUAGAUAUUCUUUGUUCGCGGUGAUAAAUCACGAAGGAUCUUUGGAGACUGGACACUAUACUGCCUUCAUACGGCAGCAAAGAGAUCAAUGGUUUAAAUGUGACGAUCAUUUGAUUACGAGGGCACGAUUAAAAGAUGUUUUGACCAGCGAAGGGUAUCUUCUUUUUUAUCAUAAACAAAUUUUGGAGUACGGUCGAAACACCAAGGUGUAAAACGUUAGAUUGUGUAAUUAAUUUAUUUAUCACGACGAAUCAUGGGCGGUAGACUUAAGUUUUGUUUAGUAUCUUAAAGAAAAGAAAGGAAAAGAAAACAAAGAAACAGAAAAGAACUGUGUGAACAGUUAUAUCUGUUCUAAAAUUUGUUUCGUACGUUUCAUCCGACUCACGUCGGACAUGCAUGAUCUGUACAACAGAAAACAUAAAAGAAUAAAGAAACGCAGGCCUCAAAAAACGAAAUUUCGAACUCUCGUUUUGAAAUGACACCAUUAGAAAGUGCUACGGACAGAACAUAGUUUCGAAGAAGUUAGAGGAGAGAAUUUAAUGAACGACUAUACUAUUACGCUUUGAUCGUGCGAUUA